AUGAAGAAGGCCAAUGAACUUAGCACCCUUUGUGGAAUACAAGCAUGUGUCAUAGUCUAUGAUCAAAACAAUCCUCAAGCAGAGGUUUGGCCAUCAGAUUCAGGAGUCAAAAGUGUGUUAUCGAGGUUUAGAAGCUUGUCUGAAUUUGAACGAAGCAAAAAGAUGGUGGAUCAGGAGGUCUUCUUAAGGGAAAGCAUAGAGAAACGUCAUGGCCAAUUGAAGAAACAAAGGGAGGAAACUAGAAAGAAGGAAUUUACUGAUAUAAUUAAUAAUUACAUUCAUAAUGGAGAAUUUAAAAGCAAUUUAAUGAGCAAAGAUGAUCUCGCUGUUUUCUCAUCUUUUAUCGAUGAGAAUUAUCUGAAGGAAAUCAAUCAAAAGAUGCAAGGAAUGAAAAUUGAAGCCCAAGAUCCUUAG